AUGCUGUCAGAUAUGUUGUCAGAACCCAAUCCCCUUCUCAGUGGGAUUUCACUUAUUGGACAUGCUGGACAUGAUGGUAAAUCUAGAAGAAAUUGGAUUAAAAGGGCGAUGGAUGAAGCAAAAAAUUAUAUUAAUUCAAUUAAUUAUGAAGAGUUUGAGAAUUCUAGAUCUCUUACAACUGGAAGUUCAAGCAUUAUUCAGAAAGCUUUUUGGACGACAAAGAAUAGGGCCGUAGUCUUAAAACAAAUUUUGCCUGAAGUAUCAAGAAUAGAAGAAUCUGAACAUGAAGAGCUUGUUAAAGAGGUAAAAAUUGGCUUACUAUCUCUUCAUUUCUUUAAACGUACACUAACUCUUGAUAUUUGUAUUAAAUAUGUGUAG